AUGGCUGCCGCAACAGCCGCCAUCUUUCCAUCGGCCCCGGAUUUCGUCAAUAUGGAUCAUCGCUCAGCCGAUGCGCACCGCUUGCCGGCCGCACCGUUCAGCGAUGCCAACACUGCUAAUGGCCGCUCAUUACGGACAGCAAAGUCAGUUCCUUCGCCCACCACGCCAACAUCGCCCUUUCGUCUUCGUGGCACGCCAAAUUCGCCAUCGAUCCCACAUCGCCGCGUCUACAACAUCGAAGACGAAUCGAGCUCGAGCACGUCCAGAUCGAUCGCUUCGGAUACUCGUUCCUCUGAUGCGUCCGUGACGCCCUCUCAGUCCGCUUCCAACGUUGCUGCUUCCUCAACUCCUACAUCGCCCGCUCGUCUCGGUGUGCCUUUGCCUCCACCGAGUCCGGGAUCGCCCACUCGGCCAUUAUCACACAAAAAGUCUGCAGAGCGCAGAAGGAAAGCGACUCGCAAUCAGCACCUUACCAACCUCGAAGCGGCUUCCCUCUCCACUCCCGAGCUCCAUCUCGCUUCAGACCCCUUGCUCGAUACCCAGGAACCCACGUUCUUGCGCAAGCUCGUUCGCGGCUCGCGGGCUCAGUCCAAUGCUGCCAUCUCCAGCGCCGGUAGCGAAAAUCAGAGCCGCGCAGCCAGCGCUUCGCCACGUCUCGGCGUUUCGCCCGGACUGGGAUAUUCGAGCUUUGCCGCCGCCAUGAGCGCCGUCGAUUCACGCAAAGACAGUCUGCAGCCUAGUGCGGUGCCUGAAGACGCCCGUUCCCGCAAACAGAGCACCGCCACGCUGCGCAGCGCCGAUUCGGACGCGACCCGAUCGUCCUGGGCCCGACAGAACGAAAGCACGGACACGCUUAGCCCAACGAUGGAUGGCAGCGCGCGCUCGUCACCGAUCAAGUCGGAGCCCAAGUCGACUGCCGGCGCCUGGUUCCGACGCAGCCGCAAGGUCAACGAAGACGCCGGCACCUCGGUAGGUGAAUCCUCCACACAAGUCUCGAUGCAGCCGAGCCAAACGAGCGCCGCGACGGUCGGAUCUGGCACUACCCUGUUGUCGGAAAGCAACCUCACCAUGCUCUCUGCGGCGACUGCGACCACGACGGCGUCCUUUGACAUGUCCGAGCUGGCGUCGCCUCAAGCUGCUCUCGAAAGCAUUCGGAAAGCGCGCUCCUUCAUGAUUCGCGAGCUUGGACGUGUGAGCGAGCCCGAACAGGCUUUGGACAAGCAACGCAUCUCGUCGCUCGUCUCGCAGGUGAGCCUGGAAGUGCACAAUCCCAGCAUCGAGGCAUCGAGUUUCUGGCUCAGCAUCGCCGACGGCGUGUUGCUUUGCCUACUCGCGAAUCGUCUCAGGCCUGGUAGCGUCGACCGAAUCGACCGCCGAGACCUGGAGUGGGUCAAAUCUGACAACAUUUCCAGAUUCCUGAGAGCGGCACGUGACCACCUCGGCCUGCGCUCCAAGGAUCUCUUUCAAGCCUUUGAUCUUACUGACGGUACCGUCGAGGGCCUACUUCGCGUUGUCCACACACUUCAGGCGACGGACAAGAUGGUCAGGCGAAACUCGAAGGUGUCAGCGGCUCGCGCGAAUGCCAUCAAAAUUGAGCCGAGAACGACCUCGAUGACGCCUCCCUCCACGCCACGUGCGCAGGACCGAAAGAUGCUGUCCGCGGGCAAUGGCGAUCUGGACCGCCUCAACAACGAUUCGGAGCUGUCGCUGAACGACGACACACCUAAAAGGACUCUGCUCGCGAUACAGCAGAACAGACGCGAAGCAGAACGCAUCCUGAUGGGCAAGUCUGACUCUAAGCGUCGUUCUGGCGAGCUCAAUCUGCCAAAGAUGAAGGGCUCGUCCAUCACAUUUGCCGAUUCGGUCAAGCAGAACAGCUUCAGCAGUGACGACGACAAUCGUAUGCCAUACCGCGACCGCAAGCUAAGCGAGUCGGCGAUCAGUCUCACGGGUGUUGCCGAAGAGCCCGAGGACAAUUUCGCAGCAGAGCCCGGUUCGUUGGCCGCCGCAGAAUCAUUCUCUAGCACCAGCACGCAAUCCACAUCGAUGGACCGCGUUCAAGGAAGGAGAGGGAGCAGCGAGUCGGACAAAUCGACCAAGGGCUUUGCCGUCAGACCCGCACCGCUGGCUCGAACCACAUCGCAGAAGCGCAUCAGUCAAGAGCUCGCUCUGGGUCAGCUGCCAAGGGCUGUCAUCGGAUCGACCGAGAAUCUGGACGACUACCUUUUCACCUCGGGGAGCCCACCUCGGCAUGCUCCGACGAGGCGACACAGCGCGCGGCUCAUCCCCGGUCCGUCUCUGCUCAACCCCUCGCGUGAAUCACUGCUGAAUCUGAGCUUGCAGUCGAACGGCGAGUCGGAGGCAGCAGCAUCGCCCCGCGUCCCCUUCCCUCGUGGUGCCAACGAUUCUCCUGGCGCUCGUCGAAUGACGCGCAACCUUUCGUUGAACGCCGGUGUCAGCGACACCUUUCCGACAGCGUCUUCCGGUGCGUCAACAGCGACUGCCACCAACGGCAGCAGCAUCUCCCCUAAGGUCGCCUCUCGUCCCCAAUUCCGACACAUGCGUUACUCUUCCGACCUGCACCUCCCCUCCAUGACCCGGAACGCGUCCAUGGGAGGACGCUCGCCUGAUCUUUCGGUGGAUGAACGCUCCUACGUUUCUACAUCGCGCAGCCGCUUCGAUUCCGAGAUGGGUUCCGUCUACACCAACACUCUCGGCAGUCUCGCCACGGAGGACGCCGGUUCGGCAGUGACAAGAGGCAGUCGUGACGCCACGGGUCCCAAACACAAGAUCGUCGUCGCGGAAGAGGGAAAGCCCAAUGUGACCUACCAACUGGGCAACUGCAUCGGUCGCGGUCAGUUUGGAUCCGUAUAUCGCGCCUUGAACCUCAACUCGGGCCGCAUGGUUGCCGUCAAGAGAAUCAAGCUCGAGGGUCGUUCCGAUGAAGAGGUGGACGACCUGAUGGGCGAAGUCGACCUUCUCAAGAGCCUCACCCACCCGAGCGUCGUCAAGUACGAGGGCCUCGUGCGCGGACCGGACGUCGUCUCCAUCAUUCUCGAGUUUGUCGAGAACGGCUCGCUAUUGCACACGCUCAAGGCCUUCGGCACUUUUCCGGAAAAGCUGGUGGCCAGCUACGUGGUCAAGAUCCUCGAGGGUCUCAACUAUCUGCACGGCCAGAACGUCGUGCACUGCGAUCUCAAAGCUGCCAACAUCCUGACCACCAAGCAAGGCAACAUCAAGCUGUCCGACUUUGGCGUUUCGCUGAAUCUCAAGGCGGUCAAGAAGAUGGGUAACAAGAAUGACGCGAUCGGCACGCCAAACUGGAUGGCUCCCGAGGUUAUCGAGCUCAAAGGUGUCACUACUGCAGCCGACAUCUGGUCGCUCGGCUGCACCAUCAUCGAGCUGCUGACCGGCAAGCCGCCUUACUACGAUAUGCUCGCCAUGUCGGCCAUGUUCAGGAUCGUCGAGGACGACUGCCCGCCCAUCCCCGAGAAGUGUUCGGAUGCCCUCCGCGACCUGCUGACGCAGUGUUUCAACAAGGAUCCUUCCAAGCGUCCGAGUGCCGAGAUGCUCUUUGAGCACGAGUGGAUGCAGCAGGUGUGGACUGGACACAGGGAGCUGCGCGAGCUUCGACCGCAGGACAGUGUUCCUUUCCUGCGUCGCAUCAGUGCUGAUGCAAGACGACUAGAUCCUCGUAUAUUUGAAGAGGAGGCCGAGUCUCGGCCUGCACAGCCUGUCAUGGAGAGGUCAACUUCGUCGCCGCCUCCUACUUUGCAACGUCCCGAUCUAGAGGCGCUGCGAGCCAACACGUCUCCUGCUUCGGCUGAAUCUGCAGCUCUCGCCAUCAACGGUGUGUCGCCCAAAACGUCUCCGCCGAUGCAUGUCAACGCGCUGCCAAACAUCGACACCUCUUCCGUUGCUCACGUCAACCAGCCCGCAAUCGACCCCAGCAGUCCAACAGUGCUUUCGCCCGCCGGCGAGGCGUCGAUGAUCGACCUCGGACUCUUGGCUGACGAGGAAGCCAAGCCACAUGCCUUUGUCAAGAGCACUUUCAGCAAGGCGGUGACGUGCAAGAUCUGCCGCGAGCCUGUCAAGAAACAUGCCGUGCUGUGCGAAGAGUGCGGUUUGGUAUGCCACGCGCGGUGUGCGGGCUAUGCGCCUUCUCCCUGCAACCUGCGCGCUCAGCUGCUCUUGUUCCAACAAAGGACCUCCAUGGAUCAGACGAGCCCCAUGUCGUCGGCCGCUCAACUCCCGUCGCUCUCGCCGACGAUUGGCGGGGCUGCCCACAAUGCUCCAACGCCGAUCAAUUUCCGCUUGCCGUUCGGACUGAAAAGGCAGUCCAAGUCGCCGACGGUCGAUUCGCAACCCAAGCUCGGCUUUGGCGCACCUGCCCGCCCCGAGAUCGAGGCCGGAAUGCCGCCUUCCCCUCCCAGCAGGAACGGGGCGCUCGGGAGCAAGCCUCCCAACAAGGAUCAAGCGGCCGUACGCAAGCGUCGCAUCUCCUUGAUCCCGGGUCGGCCACGUUCGCCGUCGCCACCGCCUCCGGUCCCCGAGAGUCCUGAGGCGAUGCGAGGUCCCUAUGGCAACGGGGCGCUUCAUGGCGUUCGCAGGCACAGCUCGAUGAGCUACGGCAGCAUCAGUGGCGCCAGCAGCAUCUCGAGCGCUGGUGGCCUUUUCCUGGGUCAGUCCAGCUCCCGUGGUUCAUCAGCACAGCAGCACCAACCGCAGCAAUCGCGCCAAUCGCAUCAGCAGCAUCAGCAGCAUCAGCAGCAUCAGCAUCAGCAGCAUCAGCAGCAGCAGCAGCAGCAGCAUCAGCAGCAGCAGCAGCAGCAGCAACGGCUGCCUCACGCAUCGACGUCUGUCCUACCCGCCGCACCUAUCGACAAGCAACCUUCCAAGGACCGAUUUCGUCGUCGACUCAGCUCUGGCAUUGUUUCGAGCGGUGCAGUGGCUGAAUUGACACCGUCGGCCAAGAGGAUGAGCAAAGCGCAGCUCGGAACGGGUCCAGCGACGCCCACGCCUCAAUCAGCAAACGACCGCAAAAAGUCUCGGCGCGCUUCGUCCAAGGCUGACUGUAUCAUCAUGUGA